AUGCAUAUUCAGAGAUGGCGUGAGAAACGACACGACAUUCGUAUGGCGACCGCAUCAACGGAAUAUACCGCCAUCUUUAACCAAACCUCCAACGCCACCCAUCAUCCGCAGGAAUCCGGAUACAAUCGGAUCGAGAGCAUAGUCAUCUCUGCCCUGUUGAUAGCGAUAAUUAUAGCCACCAUCGUUGGAAAUAUCCUGGUGUGCGUUGCGGUGUGCCUGGUGAGGAAACUAAGACGCCCUUGCAACUACCUGCUAGUCAGCCUGGCUGUCAGCGACCUCUGCGUGGCCAUCCUCGUCAUGCCCAUGGCCACCUUCUACGAGAUCAACGGCCGAUGGAUCUUCGGCGAGAUCAUGUGCAACCUGUGGGUGAGCUUCGACGUGCUCAGCUGCACGGCCAGCAUCCUCAACCUGUGCAUGAUCAGCGUGGACCGGUACUACGCCAUCACCAAGCCGUUGGAGUACGGUGUGAAGCGAACGCCGAGGCGCAUGAUCCUGUGGGUGGUCCUCGUGUGGUGCUUGUCGGCCUGCAUCUCGCUGCCGCCGCUGCUCAUCCUAGGCAACGAGCACUCAGAGAUCGCCGAAAACGGGGACAAGACCUACGAGGUGUGCCUGGUGUCUCAGGACUUCGCGUACCAGGUGUAUGCCACCAUGUGCAGCUUCUACAUACCGCUGACGGUGAUGAUGCUGGUGUACUACAAGAUCUUCCGGGCGGCCCGGAGGAUAGUGAACGAAGAGCGCAGAGCGCAGACGCACCUUGAAGCGCACUGCUAUCUGGAGAUCAGCGUGAAAAAUGGCACUGAGACGAAGAUCUCCAGUCAGGGUGCGUCGCCUGGCAACCCUGCGAGAGCCAGUUCGGGCAGCACUAAUACGAUGUGCAGCUUCGACCGAACGACCCUGGGCCGCUGCUUCAAAUCCCGCCACAGCAACGAAUCCCAGUGCCCCAUGCUCUCCAUCCCCAAGCCUCCGCCUCACAAGCACCCGCUCAAGUCCCCCAGGAAGUCCCACUUCCUGCACACCCUCAAGACCUCGCCCAGCACGUCGAGCAGCCAGAAGAAGCUGCGCUUCCAGCUGGCCAAGGAGAGGAAGGCCAGCACCACCCUGGGCAUCAUCAUGAGCGCGUUCACGUUCUGCUGGCUGCCUUUUUUCGUUCUGGCGCUGGUCAGGCCCUUCUUGGAGACGACCAACGCGCUGAGGACUCUGGCAACGCUGUUCUUGUGGCUGGGGUACGCGAACAGUCUGCUCAACCCGAUUAUUUAUGCGACGCUCAACAGGGACUUCAGGAAACCGUUCCAGGCGAUCCUGUACUGCCGCUGCGGCAGUCUGAACCACAUGAUGCGCGAGGAGUUCUACCACAGCCAGUACGGCGAUCCCGACCACCACAUCAACAGGUGCCACACGGAGUACGAGGAGGGCGUCGAGUACAUCGAGGCCGACGGCGAGCAGGUCAAGGCGGCCGAGGCCGAGCCUCACGCGCAGGCGCACGAGUCGUUCCUGUGAUGAUCUGUGAGGGAGGGACGUCGAGCGACACAAUGAACAAACAACAGCCCACCAGCAACAUUAGAAUGUGGAAGCGAGGAUUACGAAUACUAUAGGUAUAGUAAAAUUAUUGCGAGUAGAGACAUGGUAUGUAGACAGAGAGAAAAAUUUCGAUAUUGCGCCUAAUUUCACUAGAUCCAAUAUUUACUUGCAU